GUAGACGUCAAUGUCAUAAUAUUGAGUUGCUUGAUUCAUCCCCGAUUAUUCCUUCAAGUUUUUUCUAAUAUUAAAUUAAAUAAGUCUUCUAAACCAAUAAAAUAGACCGAAGUUGCUAUCUCCUAGUCUUCUGUAAUCAAUAAAUGUAAAUAUCACAUUGGAUCUACUCAAAACAUAGUUAAAAAUUACGAAAAUGGUUGAAGACUCCAGUUUGAAUUCCAACAAAUCAAAGACGAAGACAACACGCCCUAAGGCGGUGUACUUGUGGACGGAGGCCGAUGUACAGAAAUGGUUGAGAAGACACUGCAGUGAUUAUUACAAUCUGUACUGGGAGAAAUUCCACGAGCAUGAUAUAACAGGCAGAGCUCUAGUCAGAAUUAAUGACAACACACUGCUGCGCAUGGGCAUCAUGAACAAGGAACACCGUGAAGCAAUAUGGAGAGAGAUACUCAAGUUGAGGUUGAAGGCUGACAUCGUGGAGAUCAGAGACUUGGAGAGGAGACACAACUACUUCAACUACGAUUUGUGACAAAAGGACACUUGUGACAGUGACGGAAUUGAAUGGAAGGACCGUUACCCAUUACUCAAGAAAUACUAUAAAAACUAUAACAUAUACAAUAAACGCAGUGCUAUAGCUCAUCUAUACCGUGCCUUACUCAUCAUAUUGAGAAUAGCUAAUAGAAGAAUUAUAAAUAAUAGAUGAAUUAUUGUUGCUAGUGUAAAAAAUAAUCCUACUAUAUUAGUAGAUUUUAAUAAUCAGUUGCUCAUUUAAUUAUUGUACUUUGUAUCAGAUUUUUAAAUUAAUAAUAAUUAGUACACUUGUUACUUGAACACUUGGAAACAAAUUUAGUAUAUUGAAAUGUAUAAGAUUCAAUGUUAACAUUUUAAAGUAAUAUAAAAGAGGCUAUAAUUUACACGGCUACUUAAAUAUUGCAGGAGUAUAACUCCGUUUUGCCUUGUAAAUCCGUCGCUAUUUUAGAUAGAUAAGAAGCUCAAUCAAAUAUUUAUUUAAGAAUACUGACAAUGAUGCUGAUCCUGAAUGUUUUGUUGCUGUAAUUUCUUGGCAAUAAGUAGUCUGAUAAUGUUUAAGUUUGGAUGUAAGUAGGUAUGUAAAAUUUAUUCCAGUGUUUCAAGACUUUUAUUAGAUAAUAUCCAAACUGAAACAUGUACUUAUUACUUACGUCUUUUGUAAAAGAUGUUAUGUAAUAUCGUAAAUAUAGAAUAUUAUCGAAUCCCUAUUUGCUUGAUGCUUCAUUAAAAUGAGUGCUAAAUAAUACAAUAAAAUAAAUGGUACAAUGAAUACGAUUUAUAUGUAGUCUAUUAUAGUGUAAGUAUUGUGAUUUUAAAAUAAAAGAUUUAUAGUUUCUUA